AUGCCUACAAAAGAACAGUAUGAGAGAAAAGUGUAUGAGGCUAAUUAUCUCCCUUUAACCCUCUCUCUCUCUCUCUCUCUCUCUCUCUCUCUCUCUCUCUCUCUCUCUCUCUGUCCUCACCUGCUAUCUUCUUCCACCUUACCAGCUAUCCUCUUCAGCCUCACCUGCUAUCUUCUUCCGCCUCACCUGCUAUCUUCUUCUGCUUCACCUGCUGUCCUCUUCCGCCUCAUCUGCUAUCCUCUUCCGCCUCUCUUCAGCCUAUCCUCUUCAGCCUCACCUGCUAUCCACUGCCUCUGCAUCCACUUCUGCCUACCUCUUCUUCCGCCUCACCUGCUAUCCUCUUCCGCCUUUCCAGCUAUCCACUUUGGUCUUCCGCCUCUUCUGCUUUACCUGCUAUCCUCUUCCACCUGCUAUGCUCUUCAGCCUCACCUGCUAUCUUCUUCCACCUCAUCUGCUAUCUCUUCAGCCUCACCUGCUAUCUUCUUCCACCUGCUAUCUUCUUCUGCUUCACCUGCUGUCCUCUUGGCCUCAUCUGCUAUCUUCAGCCUUUCCAGCUAUUCUUUUCAGCCUGCUAUCCUCUUCUGUCUCACCUGCUAUCCUGCUUGCCUCAACUGCUAUUCCGCCUUUCCAGCUAUCCACUUUGGCCUCACCUGCUAUCUUCCUUUACCUUCCUCUUCUGCUUUACAUGCUAUCCUCUUCUGCCUCAACUCCUAUGCCUUCUCAUCUAUCCCUUCCACCUUACCAGCUAUCCUCUUCAGCCUCACCUGCUAUCUUCUUCCGCCUCACCUGCUAUCCUCUUCCGCCUCACCUGACACCUUCUUCCGCCUCACCUGCUAUCCUCUUCCGUCUCACCUAUGA